CUUUAGGUUGAAAGAUCAAAAAAACAGAACUGUAAUCAUGGCAUCAUCUAAACAAUUCAAAUGGCAGAAGAUCUUAUACAAACGACAACCAUUUCCUGACAAUUACUCUGGUGGAGAUGAGCAGUUUUUGAGCGAGCUAAAGAAAAAUCUAUCAGCAGUUAAAUAUACUUAUUGGGAAGCUGUAUUUGGAGUCGCUCGAUUGGUAUUCCAUUUGAACUUGAUUGUUCUGUUGUAUAUCAUAUUUGAAUACGUGUUUGCUAAUGUGCUAACGGCAGAUGUGCUAGCUAUUGCAUUAAUUUCAACAAGUGUUGUACUCUACGUUGUAUAUGCUUUUGUAAUGACAAAUGCUAGUGUUGAUUUUCUGGACCAUCUAUAUACCGUAGUGGUUUUAUUGAUUUUUGGAUAUGCCACUACUCCAGCAAUAAGAACACUGACCGAUACCAUUAGCACGGAUACGAUAUUCGCUCUAUCCUUCAUCACUGCGCUGAUCAGCUGUGUGUUUCAUGACUAUGGUAUCAAUGCUCCUAUUGUCUCCUACCAGUUAUCAGUGAGUAGCGGAUUGAGUUCGGCUGUUUUUCUGCUCUCUCGUCUGAACUCCAAUGAUGUGGCCUUUGUUAUGCUAUCAAUGGCUUUUGCUCUACAUGCGUUUACCCCAAUCAUCAGAAACCUGCUUUUUGCUCAGUACACCAUCAUCUCAUCGAUACUGACUCUGUCCUUAUCAAUAUGUUCCACAUAUUUUCUAUGGACUCUGUAUGUGGAGCUCGCCGUGAUCUGGGCACUUUUCCAAAUUUUUCUUUUGUUUGUUUGUCCAUAUGUACUGAUUGUCAAGCAGAAAAGUAAGCAAACACUGCAUGGACCAUGGGAUGAAGCGAUAUUGCGCAAACAGAACUAAGUCGCACAGAAAUGUACGGUCUAGU